CUCGGAAUGCAAAAAACACGCAUUAACUCACGUUGUGUGCGAGCAAGCAGUAACCUUCGUGUGAAGAAUUUGAUAAAAAUGACGUCUAUAAUCGCCAAAUCUCUCGUUAACUCAGCAAGACAGUCUAAAAGGGCUUUAUACACAGUUUCAUCGUUCAAAAGAGGUUUGUCAUCCGCAGUAUUUAACAAAGGCGAACUUUCUGUGACAGCGGCAUUGUCGAGAAAACUCGAAUGUUCUCCUCUCCAGAAGAGAUGGCUGUACACCGAGACAGACCAGGAUAUGUCUCAACACAUAGAGAAGGAAAUUGAAAACGAGAAGAAGAUGGGUGCUAGCACUGUGAGUUACUUCAAAAAUUGGAAAAUUAAUUCGAAUGGAUGCGAAGUUUCGAUGUCAAAAUCUGAAGGAAAUGAAACAAUUACAGUCGAAUUCAACGUGAACAAUGCAACAGACUUGGUGGAGGAAGAUUUGAAAUCGGAGGAAGGUAUGCCACACAUGAUAUGCAGACCACCAUUUAUUGUAGAAAUCAAGAAACCAAGUGGAACCAAAGUUCGUAUAUCUUGCCAGUUUCUCAGUGAAUAUGAAGGAGACGAUGGAGAUGAAAAUGAAGUGAGGGACAAAUUUGAAAUUGAACAGUUCAGUGUUUACCAAAAGGAAAUCAGCCCAGCAACUUAUGUGUGCAGUGGGGAAACCAUGGAUGGAGAAAUGUACGAAAAGUUGAUGGACAUGUUGGACGAGCGCAAAAUUGACAAUGAUUUUGCCAAUGAGUUGAUCGAAUUCAGCACUGGUUAUGAGCACGGCGAAUACAUCAAGUUCCUCACCAAAUUCAAAUCUUUUGUGGAUGAAAAGUGAUUAGUUGCAGAUACAAUGUUGUUUUAAAUAGAGACUUGUCCAUUAAAUAUACUUUUCUUGAUUGGAAAGAAAAAGUCUAAACUGAAUCAGACUUGUCCAAUAUCAUGCUUCAAUGUGUCAGUCUAAGUUGAACUUAAUAGUAUAUUAAUAAAUGAUCAUAGAAAUUUGCAA